CUGAUGGAGAACAGGACAGAAUUGACAUGGUUCAUCCUAAUGGGAGUCAGUGAUGAUCCAAGCCUGCAGCUUCCCCUCUUAAUCACCUUCCUCCUCAUCUACAUUAUCACCUUGGUAGGAAACCUGGGGAUGAUACUUUUGAUACUCUUGGACUCUCAGCUGCACAUCCCUAUGUACAUUUUCCUAAGUAACCUAUCCUUGGUGGACUUCUGUUACUCUUCAACAAUCACUCCAAAGGUUAUAGCUGGAAUCAUUACAGGAGACAAGAUCAUGUCCUACAAUGCUUGUGCCUCUCAGAUGUUCUUUUUUGCAAACUUUGCCAAUGUGGAAAACUAUCUUUUAGUCUCAAUGGCCUAUGAUCGUUAUGCAGCAGUGUGUAAACCCCUACAUUAUGCCACUACCAUGACAACACAAGUGUGUGCAUGCCUAGUCAUUGGCUGUUACAUCUGUGGUUUCCUGAAUGCUUCUAUCUAUACAUUGAAUGCGUUAAGUGUCUCCUUCUGUUCAUUAAAUGUGAUCCAUCAUUUUUUCUGUGACAUUCCAGCAGUCAUGAUUGUAUCUUGUUCUGAUAGACAUAUUAAUGACCUGAUUCUUAAGUCCUUAGCCAGCUUCAACAUCUUCUUUGCUCUUAUACUUAUCUUAAUAUCCUACAUGUUCAUUUUUACCAAUAUAUUAAAGAUGCACAAUACUUCAGGAUAUCAAAAAGCUCUCUCUACUUGUGCCUCGCACUUUACAGCUGUCUCAAUUUUCUAUGGGACAAUCAUAUUCAUGUACUUGCAGCCCGGCUCCAGUCACUCCAUGGACACUGGCAAAAUUGCAUCUGUGUUCUACACCAUGGUCAUUCCCAUGUUGAAUCCAUUGGUUUACAGCUUGAGGAACAAGGAUGUAAAAAGUGCAUUCACAAAAAUUGUAUUGAGGUCAAGAUAA